AUGAUAUCCUGGCACGAUCUAUACACAGUUUUAACCGCCGUGAUUCCCCUCUACGUCGCCAUGAUCUUAGCCUACGGUUCUGUACGGUGGUGGAAAAUAUUCUCUCCGGACCAAUGCUCCGGCAUAAACCGUUUCGUGGCCAUCUUCGCAGUACCACUUCUCUCCUUCCACUUCAUCUCCACAAACGAUCCCUACGCUAUGAACUUCCGCUUCAUCGCCGCGGACACACUUCAGAAAAUCAUCAUGCUCUUGGCUCUCACUGUUUGGACUAAUUUCUCCGCAAACGGAAGCUUAGAGUGGAUGAUCACAAUCUUCUCUCUUUCCACAUUGCCAAACACUUUGGUUAUGGGAAUCCCGCUUCUUAUUGCCAUGUACGGCGAAUAUUCGGGCAAACUCAUGGUUCAGGUUGAUUCUGAUGUUGUUUCGCUUGACGGAAGGGAUUUUCUUGAGACGGAUGCUGAAGUUGGUGAUGAUGGGAAGCUUCAUGUUCAUGUCAGAAAAUCGAAUGCUUCUCGGAGAUCUUUUAUGAUGACCCCUCGGCCGUCGAAUCUUACCGGAGCUGAGAUUUAUAGUUUGAGCUCUUCUCGGAACGCCACGCCUCGAGGUUCUAAUUUUAAUCACACGGAUUUUUACUCCAUGAUGGGUUAUGCGCCGAGACAUUCUAAUUUUGGUGCGGCGGAUGUGUAUUCCGUUCAGUCCACGUCGCGCGGACCUACUCCGAGACCAUCUAAUUUCGAAGAUAAUCCAGCGCCAGCAGCAGCAUCGGCGCUGGUUGUGAGCUCUCCGAAAUUUGGAUUUUAUCCGGCACAGAAUGUGCCGGCAACGGCUACUUACCCGGCUCCGAACCCAGAAUUCUCUUCCGGGUUGAGCAAGAGUAUUAGCAAAAAUUCUCAGCAACAGUUGGUUCAGGCACAACCACAAACAGUUACCAACAAUGGUUCUGCUGCUGCUAAAUCUAGUCAUGAUGCUAAAGAGCUUCACAUGUUUGUGUGGAGCUCUAGUGCAUCGCCGGUUUCUGAAGCUAGCGGGCUUCAAGUCUUCGGCAAUGGAGCUGCUGAUUACGGAGUGUCUGAUCAAUCUGGACGCUCCGAACAAGGUGCUAAGGAGAUUAGAAUGUUGGUUCCUGAUGACCAUCCUCCCAAUGGAGUCACCAAUAAAGAAAAUGAAGCUAUGCCAGAAACAGAGUUUGGUGGAGAAGAGUUGAAAUUUCCAGUGAAAGAAGAUGAACUCCGACUAGAAGAAGAUCGCCGAGAGAAAGAAGAACCCGCCGGGCUGAACAAGCUAGGAUCAAGCUCAACCGCGGAGCUACACCCGACAACCGCCUGUGCCACCACUGUAAAACACAUGCCUCCGGCAAGCGUUAUGACCCGUCUCAUAUUGAUCAUGGUUUGGCGGAAGUUAAUCCGCAACCCAAACACAUAUUCCAGCCUCAUUGGUGUCGUUUGGUCCCUAGUGGCCUUUAGAUGGCAUGUUCAUAUGCCCAAAAUAAUAGAGAAAUCAAUCUCCAUACUGUCUGAUGCUGGUCUUGGAAUGGCUAUGUUCAGUUUAGGUUUGUUUAUGGCUCUACAACCUAAGAUGAUCGCAUGUGGGAACUCGGUUGCUUCAUUUGCUAUGGCAGUUCGAUUUCUUACCGGACCUGCAGUCAUGGCAGCGGCUUCCAUUGCCGUUGGCCUGCGUGGCAACCUUUUACGAGUAGCUAUUGUUCAGGCCGCACUUCCUCAAGGAAUUGUUCCAUUUGUAUUUGCGAAAGAGUACAAUGUUCAUCCCGCCAUUCUUAGUACAGGGGUUAUAUUUGGAAUGUUGAUAGCACUACCAAUUACUCUAGUCUACUACAUAUUACUUGGUUUGUAA